UGAAAAAUCCGAUAUGAAAAAUUCCAAAUAAACAAGGUGAGGUGAACUAAUUUAUAACUGUAUUGAUUUGGAAUUUCUCCCCUAGACACCUGGUCCAUCAAGCGGAUACAUUUAUAUUUAUUUUUCGGGUGCAAAUCAAGCAUUCAAGCGGACAAAUAUAACAUCUCCUCCCCCCUAAAUCCCUAAUCCAAAUCCAGUAAUCCCUCAUAACUUCCGACGAAUUCAAUAUAGGAGAGUGGUGAAUGGGGGAUGGAGUACGUAGAGCAUCUGCCGGCGAUGGAUUUUAUGAGGUCAGAGAAGAUGACGUUUGUUCAGUUAAUUAUUCCAGUGGAAUCAGCUCAUCGCGCAAUUUCAUACCUCGGUGAACUUGGCCUCCUCCAAUUUCGUGAGCUAAAUGCUGAUAAGAGCCCGUUCCAGAGAACAUUUGUGAAUCAGGUGAAACGAUGUGCAGAGAUGUCUAGAAAACUGAGGUUUUUCAAAGAUCAAAUCAGCAAAGCUGGCCUGUCAAUUUCUGGUCAUCCUGGGACGCAGCCUGAUCUUGAGUUAGAGGAGUUAGAGAUACGACUUGCUGAGCAUGAAAAUGAGCUAAUUGAAACAAAUUCAAACAGUGAGAAGUUGCAGCAGACAUAUAAUGAGCUUCUAGAAUUUAAGAUGGUCUUGCAGAAGGCCGGAGCCUUCCUUGUACCAGAAAAGAGUUCUGCAGUUGCAGAAGAAACGGAAUUAGACGAGAAUAUUCAUUCAAGUGAUGAUUAUGUUGAUACAGCAUCUUUACUAGAACAGGAGAUGCGUGGAACACCAGUACAAUCCGGUGUCCGGUGUAUGUGUGGAAUCAUAUGUAAAUCCAAGGCUCUUAAAUUUGAGCGGAUGUUGUUUCGUGCCACAAGAGGCAACUUGCUUUUCAAUCAGGCUCCAGCUGAUGUUUAUAUUACAGAUCCUACUACAUCCGAAACAGUUGAGAAGACAGUAUUUGUUGUAUUCUUCUCUGGAGAGCAAGCAAGAAUGAAAAUUUUGAAAAUCUGUGAAGCUUUUGGUGCUAAUUGCUAUCCUGUUCCUGAAGAGAUAAACAAACAAAGGCAAAUUUACAAGGAAGUUUCCUCGCGGUUGGGUGAAUUGGAAGCCACACUUGAUGCUGGUAUUCGUCACCGCAACAAAGCCCUGGCUGAUGUUGGCUUCCAUCUAACAAGAUGGAUGAAUUUGGUAAGAAGAGAAAAAGCUGUAUAUGAUACCCUGAACAUGCUGAACUUUGAUGUGACAAAAAAAUGCCUUGUUGGAGAAGGUUGGUGCCCAAUAUCUGCAAGAAGUCAGAUUCAGGAGGCUCUACAGCGUGCAACAUUUCACAGUAAUUCACAAGUGGGCAUAAUAUUUCAUGCGAUGGAUACAGUUGAAUCACCUCCAACGUACUUCAAAACCAAUCGUUUCACAAAUGCAUUUCAAGAAAUUGUUGACGCAUAUGGUGUUGCUAGAUAUCAAGAAGCCAAUCCUGCAAUUUAUACUGCAGUCACUUUUCCGUUCUUGUUUGCUGUUAUGUUCGGGGACUGGGGUCAUGGAAUAUGCCUGCUGAUGUUAGCAUUGCUCCUCAUAGCCCGAGAAGGAAAGCUUAGUUCACAGAGACUGGGAAGCUUUAUGGAAAUGCUAUUUGGUGGGCGCUAUGUGGUCCUUCUUAUGGCUGUUUUUUCAAUUUACUGUGGGCUGAUCUACAACGAAUUCUUUUCUGUCCCAUUCCAUAUAUUUGGCCAGUCUGCAUACAAAUGCAGCGAUGCAACAUGCAGUGAUUCUUCUACGACUGGUUUAGUGAAAUUUCGGGAUCCCUACCCAUUUGGUGUAGAUCCCAGCUGGCGUGGAAGCCGUACAGAGCUACCAUUUCUUAACUCACUGAAGAUGAAGAUGUCUAUAUUGUUGGGAGUGGUGCAAAUGAAUUUGGGGAUCAUAUUAAGUUACUUCAAUGCACGGUUCUUUAGAAACUCAUUGGAUAUAAGGUUUCAGGUUUUGCCUCAGAUAAUAUUUCUCAACAGCCUUUUUGGCUAUCUUUCCCUCCUAAUUAUUAUCAAGUGGUGCACUGGAUCCCGAGCAGACCUUUACCAUGUUAUGAUAUAUAUGUUUCUUAGUCCUUUCGAGAACCUUGGAGAAAAUGAGUUAUUCUGGGGGCAGAGACCAUUGCAGAUAUUACUUUUGCUGCUGGCCGUGGUUGCAGUUCCUUGGAUGCUCUUCCCAAAGCCAUUCAUUUUGAGGAAGCUUCAUUCUGAGAGAUUCCAAGGGCGUACGUAUGGGAUACUUCACUCCACUGAAAUGGAUCUUGAUGGGGAGCCUGACUCUGCACGACAACAUCAUCACGAGGAUUUCAAUUUUAGUGAGAUAUUUGUGCAUCAAUUAAUACACUCCAUAGAGUUUGUCUUGGGUUCUGUUUCGAACACGGCAUCAUAUCUACGUCUUUGGGCUUUGAGCUUGGCUCACUCAGAACUGUCAACCGUGUUCUAUGAGAAGGUCCUGCUCCUUGCCUGGGGGUAUAACAAUCUUCUUAUCCGGUUGGUGGGGCUAGCCGUGUUUGCUUUUGCAACUGCUUUCAUACUACUUAUGAUGGAGACUCUUAGUGCUUUUUUGCAUGCUUUGAGGCUUCACUGGGUGGAAUUUCAAAACAAGUUCUACCUUGGCGAUGGCUACAAAUUUAGACCCUUUUCCUUCGCCAUACUAACAGACGAAGAUGAUUAGUCAAGCUUUUGUAAAUUUUGAUCCUUUCAGAUUAAUAUAGUGAGAAAAACGGUUUAUGCUCCUAAGUCCCAACAGAAGAGGCUUUAGUGGACGUUUACAAAACAAGUUUUGGCUGGCAGACACUAGGGUUCUGCAGGUACAGAUUUUGUUGCAUAGUUACGCAAGUGAACCUCACAUACAUUCUUCAACGUGUUGAUAAAUUCUCUUCAUUUAACAGCCCUCCACCCAACUCCAAAAGAGAACUACUGUAAGUUAAUAGGGAUUUUUGUACAGAUAGUUAUCCUAUAACCAUGUAGCUCGGAGGAUAGAUUUACCACUUGCUUGGGAUCGUGAAUGUUUUACUGCUGAGCUACACUUUCAUACAACUAUUUUUAAUAAAUUGUAUUGCAUGUA